CGGGGAGAGCGGAUAUAGUGAAUGCGGGGUCCGGGGAGAGCGGAUAUAGUGAAUGCGGGGUCCGGGGAGAGCGGAUAUAGUAAAUGCGGGGUCCGGGGAGAGCGGAUAUAGUGAAUGCGGGGUCCGGGGAGAGCGGAUAUAGUGAAUGCGGGGUCCGGGGAGAGCGGAUAUAGUGAAUGCGGGGUCCGGGGAGAGCGGAUAUAGUGAAUGCGGGGUCCGGGGAGAGCGGAUAUAGUGAUCUGGACCUUAAAAGGCGGACACGGUCUAUUCUGAGUCAGGCUGAGGGUCAGGUG